AUGUCGUUCACCACCAUCUCGGCCGUGACACUUAAGAAAUCAACGUUCAAGCUGAGCGGCCCAUACGGGGAUUGGCGCGAUGAUCUCCAGUCGCAGGGAUACGCUGUCGUCAAGAAUGCAAUCGACACCGAGAAAGCCCGCUAUUACCAACAAAAGGCCCUUGAUUGGCUUCAGUCAUUUGACACUCCCCUUGAUCUUCAAGAUCGCUCGACCUGGACAUCAGAGAACCUGCCCAUCCAGAGCAAUGUAAAUACCUUCAAACACUAUUCAGUCGUCCACGAGAAGUUCAUGUGGGAAGCUCGCAUGGAACCCAGAAUACUGGAUGUAUUUGCAAAACUCUGGGGUACAGACGAGUUGCUUGUCUCUUUCGAUGCCCUGAACGUGACUCUGCCAAACAGGGAGGACAAAUCGGCUCUGAAGCCCUGGCCUCAUGUUGACCAGUCACCUAUGCGCCGCGGUAUGCACUGUGUCCAGGGGAUCAUCAACCUCAGUCAUGCCGGUCCUGAGGAUGGAUCGCUUAUUGUGCUCCCAAAGUCGAAUACUGCUAUCGAGGGAUUCUUCGAUGCGGAAACCGACUCAACGACGUGGGAGAAGAAGGACUUUCGCUUCAUCAGCGAAGACGAGAUGGAGUGGUUCGGGUCCCGGGGGAUGAAGCCCAUCAAGGUACUCGCGGAGCCCGGUGAUUUGAUCGUUUGGGACUCUCGUACGGUGCAUUGGGGUGGUGAGCCCACCCCUGAAAGUAAUACCAUCAGGACCGUAAUCUAUGCGUCUUAUUCGCCCGCGAACUUGGCUACGACCGAGACCCUUGAACGAAAGAGAGAGGCCUUCGACUCAUUUCUUGCGACGACUCACUGGGCGCACGAUAACGUUGUCAUUCGUGAGAGAGAAGCAUGUUUCUCUGAUGGAAGCGUGGACCCUCGCAAUCGACCUCUGCCUUUAGAGAAGCCCGAAUACUCUGAACGCUUGCUUCAGUUGGCGGGGGUAAAGGGGUAUUGA